CGCCCCUACUUUAAUAAACACCUGAAAGGAAACAUUCUGCUCAUCAUGGCCGGCUAUUCAUGUCAUGGCUGUGAUAUUGCACAGAGAGGACUCAGAGGUUCAACCAGUCUUCCAAGCACUCAAGUCCUUGUGGGAGAUUUAUUUCGAGGAGAUACAGCACCCGCUUCCAGGACAUCCGGGGGGAGUUUCAAUAUCCUCUCACUAUGUGCUAUAAGUGUGCACAUGUACAUAAUUACACACGUCCAUCUGUAGGUUAAUUGUUGUACUGUGUUCAAUCUCCCUCAACAUAAUGAUUGUGUGAUCUUAGCUUUUGACUGUGCAUGCAGUUUUAUCCUUAACCCCUUGAUCACUGACCCUUACGAGGUGUUCCGGAUGCUACGUCACAUGACAGCCGGAAUAGCGUCAGAGCACCACUUCCUGCCCAUCAUCCAGUACUGGAUGUCAUUGUGAUCACCCGAGACGACUACUGGGCCUGCAGAGUGAAACAAAGAAGAAACAUGAAAUCGUCGUUCAAGAAAAGGUGGAGAACAAGAGACGAGGACUCAAGGAAGAGUUAUCAGACAGCCUGCCGCUACUGGAAUCCCACCCCCUCCACCACCACUACCAGUGAUUACAUUGAUUGAUCAUGGAAGUUCCGAUGCUGCUCUCCCUCCCUACUGAAGUACUGCUCCAGAUCACUGACUAUUUGCCAGCCUAUGACAAGCUAUGUCUCCGUAUCUCCUGCAGGAGGUUCUACUCUCUCCUCAGCGACCCUCGUGCCUGGAGUUCCCUGGUGUGGAAGAAUUGUCGCAGACGAGAUCCAGACUUCAAAACACUCAAACUGGCACUGGAACUGUCUCGCUCAUAUGUCCAAUUUGUGCAGAUAACAGAGUCACAAAGGUUUCCCAAUGCAAGGUUUUUCCCUGAAAUUGUUAGAUGCAAGCAAAUACGCUAUAUAUCAUUGACUGGCACCUUCUCGAAAUACAUAUGGCUGAGCUUGCUUGACUUUUUACUGCGUGAAUUACGGUCCCUGUACUGCCUUACUGUGACAGGAAAUGAAACGUCUGCUAUAAUGGCUGCUAGAGUUUCGAAAAGUCUGCAGGUACUCCGUAUUUAUCCUGAGGAUGCAGUUUGCGCUGUGAAGACUUGGAAAAUGCAUAGGUAUAUGCCUCCAAAUCUGAAAUUGUAUUGUUGUCACGUAAAGUUGGCAUCAAUUCUACCCUACCUAACAAGUAGUGACCACCCAGCACACUUAUCCAUCUAUCCAAACAGCUCCCCAGUUGCUGGAAAUGUGGUCAACAAACACCCAAUUAUUAGAUGGUCGUUAUAUCCCAAUGUUGAGUUGUUGACUUGCCCGACUGCAUCUGUUUGCUCCACAGCUUCACAAUCCUCAGAUCUGAUUGUAUCUCAUGGCAACUCCUCCAGUCAAGAUCCUGUCAGUGCUACAGUGUGCAGUGAAUCUCUGAAUGGACUUGCACAUACUAUUACCAUGCCACUUUUGCCACCAAGUAUUGAAUCCCUGUUCUUGGCUGGAACAGAAAAGUUAUCUCCUUCUGACCUUACACUGGUCUCUGAAUUGUGUCCAAAGCUGGCUUGUCUUGAUAUUCGAGGUUGUACGGACGCUUUAUCGAGUCUACUAGGAUUGGCUGAUAUCAGUUCAAAUUGUGCAGGUUUGGCUGCUCUGAAUAUAGAUGAAAUUCAUAAUAUUGAGAAUGUGUCUUCUCUCUGGGAGAUCCUAUCAAGGAUGAGGAAACUGCGUUACUUGUCAGUGAGCUAUUCAUGUGUAGCUAUAGCACCAACAAGCCCUUUUGAUGAGCGUUGUGUUUCUCGCAUGAAAGUCAGUUUGGCACAAAUGAAUUUGUUUGCAAUUGAUAUUAGUAAAAGUGUUUAUAAUGAAAAUCUCCAAGUCGAAAUUUUAAUUCUCCUGCCAGCUUUCCGAAUGUUGCAACACUUACAAAUCACUAUCAACAAGCGAGUGUCCACACUCGACCUAACUAAUGUUCUCCCCAACUUGCCUUCCCUCACACAGCUAUUUGUUGUCCUCCCUGAUUCGGGCAAUGGCCACCGGCUCAUGUUACCCACAGAUCCAGAUUGCUAUUCAUCUCUGAAGAAGCUUAGCAUUCGUUGUCAACAAUUUGAUGUUUCCGAUGAUCUGGCUCUCAGUCUCUCUCAGUCUCCAUCUCUGAUGUAUCUACAGCUCUAUGUUGGAUCAUGUCCUCUUCUCAUUGAUCUACUAGCCAAUUUUCGUCGGCUCUAUGAAUGCUAUGUUAGGUGCUUUGGCAGAGAUCACGCUGGAGUCAAUCGAAAGCGGACACUCAGCAAUUACGGACUAUGUGGAUUCGUGAAUUUAAAAAAACCAUUUAUUAAGCAAGAAGUGUUAUUUUGAUCUUUUUGUAAUUGCCACUUGAUUUUAAUCGUAAUUUCAAACUUUAA